AGGGCGGGAAGGGGCGGUGCCUCCCGCUUCCCGGCGUCCCCCGCGGCAGGAGCGCGCGGCUCGGUUCCGCUGCCCCGUCAGGGCGCCAUGGCGCCGCCGCGGCCCGUCGCGCUCUGCCUCUUCGACGUGGACGGCACCCUCACCGCCCCGCGGCAGAAAAUCACAGCAGAGAUGGCCGCGUUUCUGCAGAAGUUGCGUCAGAAGGUUAAAGUUGGAGUCGUGGGUGGUUCAGAUUUCGAAAAGAUUAAGGAGCAGCUGGGCGAUGACGUGGUUGAAAAAUUUGACUACGUUUUUCCAGAAAACGGUCUUGUAGCAUACAAAGAUGGGAAGUUCUUGAGCAAGCAGAACAUUCAGGGUCACCUGGGUGAGGACAUACUUCAAGAUCUAAUCAACUACUGCCUGAGUUAUAUUGCAAAGAUUAAACUACCAAAGAAAAGAGGCACUUUCAUUGAGUUCCGAAACGGGAUGUUAAAUGUGUCCCCCAUUGGAAGAAGCUGCAGCCAGGAAGAACGAGUUGAGUUCUAUGAACUUGAUAAAAAGGAACAUAUAAGAGAGAAAUUUGUAGCUGAUUUACGAAGAGAAUUUGCAGGAAAAGGCCUCACGUUUUCUAUAGGAGGCCAGAUAAGCUUUGAUGUGUUCCCAGAUGGCUGGGAUAAGAGGUACUGCUUAGGAAUCAUUGCCGAAGAUGGAUACGAGACUGUUUAUUUCUUUGGAGAUAAGACUAUGCCAGGAGGGAAUGACUAUGAAAUUUUCACAGACUCCAGAACAGAGGGCCACAGCGUCACAUCCCCACAGGAUACAAGAAGAAUCUGUGAAGAGUUAUUUUUUAAAUAAAAGACUUUUAGAACUGACACUUAAAAAUGGUUAAGACAGCUUAAUAACUCAAAACAUCUUCAUUCUGUAUGUUUUUUUGUAAUUGGUCAGUCAUUACAGAAGGGAAGCUGCUAUUUAAAAAGAUGAACAUUUUAGAGGGGUUUUUUUGUAUACUACCUUAUGAUAUGAAGACAUGAAUUAUAAGACAGUAUUCUCUUGUUUAAAACUGGAAGAUGAGUAAAAGAAGCAGCUUUUAUUUCUUUCUGGGGGUGGGAAAGUAGAACUGAGCCAGAAGCCCCUGACCUCACACGUGUUCCACGGCAUGGUCAGAAGGUGCAUCAAGUCCACCACCCUGGAAAGGCUGGACCAGCUGGUGCUAAAGUUACCUCCUCAGUACAGCUGCGGUGCCAACGCACAGUACAGUUAACAGUACCUAGGCUUUUUACAGACUUUUUAAAUCUAAAAAAUAAAAACAUAAAAAUUAAUUAAAACAACUUGAGCAUAGUAGCAAAACUACAUUUCUGAUUUUCCUGGUAAGACAUGAAGGGUAGACGAGAUUUUAGUACCAAGUUUUAAGUAUGACAAUCAGUGUAACUGUUAAUACGACUUUUCUUACCUGGCAUUAGGAAAGUAAUCUUGUGUAUGAACGGUUUAAUUUAGUAAAGGAGAAUAAAAUCUAUUUCAAUUUGUCAUUUUGGCAAAUAAAAUAUGUAAAGCAAA